AUGAGCGAGAGCGAGUACGAAAGGGUGUCACUCCCGCCUGGGGUCAAGGGCGAGGUCCGUGGAGAGCUCUGGCUGCAUGUGGCCGAGGUGCGAGUGGCAAGUCCUCCGGCCGGAGUGCAGAGUCUGGCGCCCAAGCAUGUUGUGGUCAAGUGGUGGGGCGAGCGUGGGGACGGGGCCAAGCGUAGCGAGGCUUCCCGUCCGCUGGUCUACGCCCUCCGCUCCUCGCCCAAGCGGCUCGCCGCCUAUUUGCGCGACAUGGGCCCGCUGGUCAUCGCCCUCUACGGCCCGCAUCAUGUGGUGGUGGCCUCGGCGCAGAAGCGUCUCGACUCGGUCCGCCCACGGAGGCACUAUGUGUGGAACCUGCCGCUGCUCUCGCCGCAGGGGACAAAGCUUGGAGUCAUGCGGCUGGCGCUCCGCCUGCAGCCGCCCGGCGCGUCGCGGGCGCCAGACCUACCGCAGGGCUUUGCCCGAGGGAACUCGGCGUCGCCUCCCAAGGCUGACCUCGCUGCCCACCCAUCGCCGGCAAAGUCGCCGCAGGCGUUUAUCGAUCCAGCGCUGGUGGUCGAGUCGCCGGAGCACCCAGGCCAGCUCUUUCGCCGCGAUCUGGAGCUCGAGGCGCUCGAUGAUGAGAUCGAGGCUCUAGAAGCUGCCAACAACUCGGCGACCGAGUCGGAGGCGGAAAGCUCUGACAACGAGGGCUUGGACGAUGAUGCUAACGGUGGCGGCUCGUCACCGGCCCACCGCGGCAUUCCGGGUGCGGUGGAUGCCGUCAUGAUUCCGAUCCAGCUGGUGCCCAACGAGUCGCCGCCACUGCCGCAAGCGCAGGUGAGCCGUGGCGCACGAGCGAAAACUGGCGCUUGUCAGGCGUCAGCGCCGGUGGCGGCGAACGUGGACGAUGCAGCGAGCAGACAUAAGGCCGAGCAGGCCAAGGUUCUUCUCGACGAUCUGUGGCAGCGCGGACACCAGCUGAAAGCGCGGCUGGCGUCGGCGAUGGCGCGGCCGACAGCUGCUGCGCUUGACAAUGAGCUUGUAGCGGCUAUCGGCACAGCCGCUGGUGAACCGGAGUCGAACAACGAAGGGACGGGAUGGCCGUCGCAGGCUUCGGAAGCUGUCGAUGCGUUCCCGCUCGUCGACGCGGUGGCACAGCUCAACACGUCCGGCAUUUCCGAGACUGAAUCGAACCUGGCGGAGGAAGACGCUUUGCUUGAAGAGCUGUUUUUCGCCAAGGACGAUGACGGCGAGGAUGACGGCGAGGAGAGCAGCAACAACGGCGACGCCGAUAGCACGGCACUAGCAGCACAGCCGAUGCCGCCACCGGCGCCACUGCUGUACACGCUUGUGCGGCUGGGACGCGUGACCAACCUCGACCUGGCAAGUGGCGGAUGGGGCGAGGAUGCGCCGCCGUCGCUCUACCUGGCGUGCAAGCUGUUCCGGCGCGAUGACUCUGUGGCGACGCGUGUGGCAUAUGGAGAGCGUGCGCCGAACUUUGACUUUGAGCACACCGUGCCGGUGGCGGUCACGCCGAUGUUCCUGACGUAUCUGAAGAACUCGAGUUUGAUUGUGGAGGUCUGGCACCGGCCUGUACGCGAGAGUGGGCACGAUGGCGGGGAGAUGGUUCGGCCCAAGGACGAUGAUGUGCUUGUGGGCCUUGUCAAGCUUCCGUUCCACCAGUUUUUUGUCUCCUUCCGCGACGAGCUCUCACGUGGGGCAUUUCUCGGCGAACGGCUGCCUGUAUGCGCCGCGAACGAGGCGUAUCCGAUUGUGGAUAUGCGAACCGGGGCGACGCGCGGCUCGCUCGAGUGCGUGCUGGCGAUGGGAAUGCUGCCGCAGAUCCGGACCCUUCAGGCACGGAUCCGGACGGUUUCGGGCGCGCCGUCGAGCCUUGUGCCGCUUGCGGCGCUGGAAACGUCGCUGAACUCGGGUGACAUCGAGUGGGCGACGCCGGCCAAGGCGCAGAUGGUGAGUGGCCCGAGUCGGCGCAGCGACGAGACUGCUGCCAUCAUUGGGUCGUCGGGGUCGGGCGUCGACGGCUCAGUGGACCACCACGUGUUUGAGGUGGCGAUUGAGUCCGCGGCGUCGCUGCGAUGGCUCAACCUCGCAGCGCCGGGCUCGGGCGAGACCGGCGAUCCGCAGUUUUACGUGCAGUACGAGUUCCCGGGGACCGAGGGCAAGGUGGCGACAUCGGCGAUGAUAUGUGCGCCGAGUGUCAAGAUCGGCCACAAGGCGACGUGCUCGGUGCUCAAGCCGGCGUCCGCGCCGUGGAGCGUGUUUCUUCCGCGCAACGGUGUAGACGCGAUCACGUUUACGCUCAAGCAGCCGACGCUGCGUGGGCAGGAUGCAGUUCUAGGGCGUGCUAUUCUCCCUGCGGAGGACUUUCUGGGCCUUGUGGAUGAGGUUGGGGUAGACGAACCUGUGCGCGGAGCGUUUACGCUUGCGAUUGUGCCGUCAGGUGACCGGCCUGGCUUUAUGGGAUACCUCAAGAUUGUACUGCACGCGGCACCGCGAGUGUCGCGAGCGCUUCUUCCCGCGGCGGGUGACAAGUUGCGGACCGAGAUAGAGUUGCACGUGUCGGACGUGGUUGGCCCGGGUGCUGUGACGCCCGGCGAGUUGGAGGCGCGGCUGGAGCUUGCAGGCGGAAGCGGGCCGAACUCGAGUGUGCGGUGGGGUCACGACGAAGCGGUCGAGGGUCGGACGGCCACGCUGGUGGGUGCCGACACGCUGGAGGCGCUGACGACAAACGGUGCGGUGCUGAUUGAGGACUCUGUGCUGGGGAAUGUGCGGCUUCCACUCCGUGCGUUCCUUGUGGGAUGGACGGAGGAGAGCCACGCACCUGGCAGCGUGUCUGGGUGGCUUCCGCUCCAGCGUGCUGGGCGGGCGGGUGGCAUGGUGCAUGCAACGCUGAGAAUGCGGCUUGCGGCGCCUGUGCGGUCUGACCCGCUGCUGCGGGCGGGCGGACGGCUGCCUGCCGAGGUGGGAGCCAAGCUGACGCUGCUUGUGGACGAACUGGAGUUGUUUGAGGAGAGUGCAAGUGGCGGGUACUUUGUGACGUACCAGCCGCACGGGACGCUUCCUCAGACGCAGUCCAAGACGUACUCUGCCGAGCCGGGUGCCGCUGUGGUGCCGAUGCGGCACCGGUCUGUCUUCCACGACCUCGGACCUGCACUGCUGGAGCGAAUGCUUGCGGCACCGAUGGCCGUGGAAGUAUGGCGGAGCGGGGGCGACGACGGGGCAGAGCAUGUCGGUACGGCGUGGCUCUGGCUGUGGGAGCUGAUGGACCGGUUUGUGGGUGCGCCGCGGGUGACGGACGAGCCGGCAUGGGUCAACGCAAGCUUUUUGUGUCCGGCGUGGCAACGCGCAAGGUGAUGGGCGCGGUCA